GUCCCGCUGGCGGCGCCUCAUGGCGCGAUGCAGCUGCAGUGGGAGGGAGAGGAAACCCACCCCCCUCGCCCGGCGGCCGCCUUUGUAACCGCCCGGCCCAGCUCAGCGCGCAGCGGCUCGGGGAGCGCCGGAGCGCGGCGGCGGGAGCAGAUGGAGCCAGAGGGGUUGCUUCAAAGAAAUCUCCUGGCUGCCCUUUCCAAGACAUACCUGGGUUGCCCUUGUUCUCCUUUUCAAAUCAAGUGUCACAUUGACUCCAGUCCUGUGUUGGAAGCGUGUGGGGAACUGCAACACAUCAGCUCAGCGCAAUGUCUCCAUCAGGCUGGAAGGAAGCCCAAAACCAAACCUGCACUGUCCAAAAUGCAUCCUUUACAGAAACCCCAAGUACCUCCUAAACCUGUCCAUCUCAAACCUGGGCAGGAAAGAAUUCCUCCUGCACCAUCUCGGCCUUUGCCAGCUGAUCCCAAGUCAUCAAGGAGCUUAGCACCUGGAGAGGAAGAAAUACCAAUAUCAGCAGGAGUCAACACGCUCAUUGAGAAAUUUGAAAGCAUUAGGCAACCUGUACAUAUUCUUCAAAGAAACCAGCUAAAUUUAGCUCUUAAAAUGGAACCUAGCCUGGACUUAUCCAAGCAGAUGAGCUUGUGUAACCAUGACACAGUGGCUUCCAGUGACUCUUCCACAAAUGACAAAACUGAAUUGGUUGAAGCUGAGCCAAACAUACCAUGCAGCACGGAUCUAACUAACACAGACAUAAUGAAAAUUAAAGAGCUGAGCAUAGGUGAUAACAAAAGCCAUGAAGACUGUACUGCUGUGACUGUGAGCAAAGAGUCCCAAGAAGAGCUUGGCAAUAAAGACUCAACUGCAGAACUGAAUGGGAGUGGUAAAAUUCCCAACAGAGACAGUGGCAUUGACAGUCCUUCUUGUAGCGUGGCUGGGGAAACAUUCCCCAGUGAAGAAGGGGCAGAGCAGAAAAAGCCCAGCAUGGCUGGGAACCCAGGAGAGAUGGAACCUGACAGAAAGGGCACCAAACCUUCCUCUAUGGAGCAGAAGAGAGACUCCACACAGGAUGACGAUAGUGACAUUGAUGAAGGAAGCAGUGAGGAGCAAGAGCUACCAGAAGUGCCAAAGUUAGAGUAUUUGGAUGUAAACAAGUGUACAGAGCCCCAGAAGCUAUUCAACAUCGCCAAUGAGCUGCUCCACACAGAAGAAGCGUAUGUUAAAAGACUCCAUCUCUUGGACCAGAUUUUUUGCACUAAAUUGUCCGAAGCAGGGAUCUCACCUGAUGUGAUAACAGGCAUCUUCUCAAAUAUUUCUUCCAUCUAUUGUUUCCAUGGACAAUUUCUUCUUCCUGAGCUCAAAACAAGAAUUACACAAGAAUGGAGUGUCAACCCACGGUUAGGAGAUAUCCUGCAGAAACUGGCUCCUUUUCUGAAAAUGUAUGGAGAAUAUGUAAAGAACUUUGACAGGGCAAUGGACAUAGUGAACACAUGUAUGCAGCGGUCCUCUCCUUUCAAAGAUGUUGUUCAGAAUAUACAGAAACAGGAGGUGUGUGGAAACCUGACUUUGCAGCAUCAUAUGCUUGAACCAGUGCAAAGGAUUCCUCGUUAUGAGCUUCUCCUGAAAGACUAUUUAAAGAAACUUCCAGAAGAAUCUCCAGACAGGAAAGAUGCUGAAAAGUCACUGGAGUUGAUAUCCACAGCAGCAAACCAUUCCAAUGCAGCCAUCCGGAAGAUGGAAAAGAUGCACAAGCUUUUGGAAGUCUAUGAGCGCCUGGGUGGUGAAGAGGAUAUUGUUAACCCAGCCAAUGAACUCAUUAAAGAAGGACACAUUCAGAAACUUUCAGCAAAGAAUGGCACAGCACAGGAUAGGUAUUUAUUCCUGUUUAACAGCAUGGUGCUGUACUGUGUGCCAAAACUGAGGCUGAUUGGCCAGAAGUUCAGUGUCCGAGAGAAGAUGGACAUUGCAGGACUGCAGGUCCAAGAAAUUGCCAAGCAAAAUGUGGCUCAUACAUUUUCCAUAACAGGAAAAAAGAGAUCAUUGGAACUACAAGCCAGGACAGAAGAGGAGAAGAGGGAAUGGAUUAAUGUCAUUCAAGCCACAAUCGAAAAACACAAACAGAACAGUGAGACCUUCAGAGCUUUCAACAGCUCUUUUUCACAAGAGGAGGAGCAUCCUCCUGAUUCCUCAAUAGCCAGCACCAGCUCAGUCGAAUCAAUGCCAGGAACAGAUGGUGGUGGUGCAUUAGGAGGGAGUGAUUCCUCUAGGAAAUCUUCCAAAUCCAAGCGAGACAAAGAGAAACAGUCUUGUAAGAGCUGCAGUGAGAGCUUCAACUCCAUCACAAAGAGACGGCACCAUUGUAAGCAGUGUGGGGCAGUGAUCUGUGCAAAAUGCUCUGAGUUUAAGCCACUUGCAGAUAACAGCCGCCACAAUCGAGUGUGUAAAGAGUGUUUCCUGCAGCUCCCAGCAAGCCCCUGCAGCCCUGGGGUGGAAGCAGUUGGGGAACAGAAGAAAAGACUAGCUGCAGAGAAGCAAAGCAUCCUUGUGGCUGAAAACAGCCUCUUCAGCAGCUACCUCCAGUUCCUUGAAAAAGGGAAGACUUGGUACAAAAUGUGGGUGACCAUCCCCAAGAGUGAACCUCUUGUUCUGUAUCUGCAAGGAAGCAGCCAGGAUGGACGAAGCCCACGUCCAAUCCCUCUGCCUGGCUAUGAAGUCAGUUUACCAGGUUCUGGUGAGAAGUUUGAUCUGAAGCACGUUUUUAAGCUUUGCCAGUCCCAUCAAACUCUCUAUUUUAGUGCAGAAGAUGAAGAGAUGCAGAUGAAAUGGAUGGAAAUUCUCACCAAAGCUGCCAAAGGAGAGACUGAGGAUACAGCUGAAGGGCUCAGCAAUCCAUAGAGCAAGUUUCAUUUCGUUUCUUUCCUACAUUCUAAAAACCAUCACUUGAAUUUGGUAUUCAUGGCACUUUGGAAUCUAUAUGGCUUUAUAUUUUUAUGUGUCUGCAUAGGAAGUUCAGUGGUUUCUCACCUUUUAUUGUAUAUUUUUCAAAUACAUUAGUUACCUGCCAUAUAUUAUGUUAAAGAAAGAGUUAUAGUUGUGGUGGUGUCAAUGUUGGUUUUAAAACAAAAGGCAAGGAGCAAAGCAUUAAUUUUAACAAAGGUAAUGGAAAAUCAUCAGUCUUGUUUCCUAAAUGUAUAUUUUCCAGUCCUUUUGAUUGCUGUUGAGUGCAGGAUGUGUAUAUUCUGUGAUUAGUUCUAUAAAUGCUGCCUUUUAAGUUAAAUGUUGUAAAGGCUUGUGCUGGCCACUGACAUUCCAUUCUCUGCCUCGCCUUCCUGGUAAGGUCUUUGUGAUGUGUGAGCAAUGUACUGAGUAUUUUCCUGUUGCUAAAACCAUGUCUUUGCUGUGUUGAGAUGAGCUGUUCAAAUGACAAAUAGUGUAGAAGGGACUUCUAAAAAUGACUGCAAAUGGUGCAGAACAGAACAUAAAGAAGUCUCAUUGACUUUAAGCAUUUAUUAUAUUGAUUGCUUUCUUCUGGAAACAAUACCUUUCUUCCUUCUAUUGGAACACAUUUUGAUGUAAGUGAACAAACAUUUUAUACUGCAAACUGGGUUAUGAUCAAUAAACAAAAACAUUUUUAGUACAUACCAUACAAAAAGGUGACUUUUUUGUUGCAUUGGUUAAUUUAAGUGGCCUAGAUUUUAUUUAUAUAAUUUGUAAAUAAUGUUUCAUAAGUAUUUUAAGAAUUUUUAAAAGACCUCAGCUAAUUAACAGGAUUUAGUACAUAGUGUAAGAGAUGUUUGUAUGAACCGAAUUUGUAAUUGAUUUUCCCUGUUCACCUGUUUUUGUCUUAUUUUCAAACAUAAAUGCUUACCUAUUUAAAUAAAAAUUCCUGCAGUUAACUCCGGAGCCAGAUUUCCAAGGCACAGCAAAGUUUAGGUCAACAUUUAAUAUAGGUUAAAAAAAAAUUAUAAAAGUCUAAAACAAACCAAAAAAAAAGGCAUGUCUGUUCCUAGUCAUAGUAAGCAUGUAGUGUUGAUCAAAAUGAAAUAAAAUCUGUCACAGUACUGUAUUUUUAAA